CUUAAACACCGAUCAGCUUCCAGCAACGUAGAGGUAGAAUUAGAUCGAUCAUCAGGGUUAUGGAGGAAGAUUCUCAACCCCUGACUCAAGCUUCAUCCAGAAAUCAUUAAUAAUCAUCGCGAGCCGUCGUGUUUGCAUUGUCUCGCGACAAUUGUUCUAGACAGAGCACAUGUGAAAACAUGUUAACCCCCGGCUCCCUCCAGAAGCUCGAGUUCGCCGUCGACAAUGUUUUGCGUGCCCUGUACGAAACCCAUGCGAUAAAACUUUCCGUUUGCACACUUGCCGCAGGCGUGCAGGCUGGGGCGUGGUUGUUGCAAGUGCCCGGUGCGAGCUCAACGGUUUUGGAAGUGCAAGCGCCGUAUGCGAGAGAAGCCACGCUCUCCUACCUCCGCAAAAAUGCAAAACACAGCACUGGACUCAAGUUUUCUGGGCCGGGAAUGGCACAGCUCCUGGCGGAAACGGCGCACCAAAGGGGUUUGCAGUGCGUUGCAAAGGAGGGAGAAAGAGCCGUGGGCGACAAGGCGUUACAACCUCCUGACGUAAUCGACUGCGUUUUGCAACAGAGCCUGGAUGCUGCAACGAAGAUGGCAGCAGAAAAAGAAGUUUGCGCAAAGCAAACAAGAAGCGACGCAAACAAGAUAUUACCCGCACCACUACCAAAAAUUCUCGGGGUCGGUGUUGCAGGUGCACUGUCGUCAAAUUACGAGCGACGCGGAGAGUCUGGAGCUUCGAUUGCAGUCUACGACGGCUGUUCGGGCGAGCCGCUGGUGACCAAGCAGAUUGCAUUUCCAAAAGCAGAAGAUAAAGAAUCGAAAACGGACAAGUCUACCACCGUCACAACACCACCGACAGGACAGCAGCGCCGAAGAGAAGAGGACAUUCUGGUUUCCACCGCAGUUGUAGUAGCGAUUGGCGAGGCGGCGCUCCAGUCAUCACAUCCUGCCACUGAAGACCUUGCUCUGGCAACGAAUUCUCUGCGAGAGAGCCUUGACGCAGUGAUUGCGGCCGCCCAUCUUCAAAAUGCUGUAUCGAUUACGGCGCGAAAGCGAGAGGCUUCGCCGGAUCACGAUCGCGAAUUGACAGCAAUCCAUGAGUUUCUUGGAUGGCGGGACAGCAAAACUGCGCGUGACCCAGAACUAUCCUCUGCCUAUGCCCGGGCGCCGUACUUGAUACGCUCGGCGUUUUCUUUAUCGUCCUCAAAUUUCACUUGGAUCCCUGGUCCUUUACCCUUCGGGCCUAACACCGUCGUCGUUUCCGGCUCCUUCAAUCCGAUGCACGAUGGGCACCUCGAAAUGGCUCGAGCUGCCGUCGCGAGGCUACUUGAUGCAUUCGGCGAGGUCAACGUUGAUGUCAUUUUCGAGCUCUCGUGUCAGAAUGCCGACAAGGGAACGCUGGACAUAUUAGAGGUCCGGACACGAGUGGAGCGGUCGCAGCAGUUGUUGAGUCAGCGUAGGGCGUUUCUAGAAAACGCUACUAGCGCAGGAGGACAAAACGCCAAGCCGGGCAACAAGAUUCGUGCCUGGAUCCUCUUGACGAAAGCGAUGCCGCUCUUCUCGCAAAAGGCUGAGCUAUUUCCCGAUACUGGUGCAUCUUUCGUGGUCGGCACGGACACGAGUGCUCGCAUCUUGAACCCGAAGUAUUACGGAGAUUCCGAAGCGCAGAUGAUUAACUCUAUCAGGCAGAUGCGGCCGUCCCUCUUUUUCGUUGCUCCCAGAGUUGUUGCCGAGGACAAUUUCAUUUCUUUAAAAGACCAAGUAGUUCCAUCAGGACUGGAGAGCAUGUUUUUCCCUCUAGACGCGUAUUUCCAAAGAAUCGACCUGUCGUCUACCGAACUGCGAAAGCAAGAGGUGGAGAACAAAAAGCGAAAGCGAUAAAGAACUACGGGCAUUGGAUUCUAGUCUCUUCGCUUAAG